CAAAAAUGUCUUUCUCGAGAGAUCAGUCAGAGACAGGGUGUCGGGACAUUUUCAACAUCAGGGUGCAGUUUUAGGGCAAAUAAGUACACAGGACAUUAUCGUGGUCUGUGUAGCUCUGUACUGUUUACACUGACUGGCAGCAGCUCUCCAAGGUUUCAGGUGGUGGACAUACCUAGCCCAGCCUGGAGAUGCCUGGGGAUUGAACCUGGGGCAGUCUGCAUGCAAGGCAGAUGUUCUACCACUGAGUGACUAGCAAGGGGCAGCUGUGCCCCUGAACUUGCGCAGAGCACCUUCCUAUCGCUGCCUGUAUCUUUCCUACACACCUAGGAUGGGAGAGGGAAGAUUGCCAUGCGUUGAACCCGUUUUUCAAAACUGACCCUUCCAAACUUUCUCCCUGGGCCACCAGAGGUUAUUCGGUGGAAUCCCAGGCACCGGAAAACACAGGAGGGGAGAGCGCUCUUGUGCACGAAUCCUGCUUGCAGGUUGCCCAGAAGCACCUGGCUGACCCCUGUGAGAACAGGAUGCUGGACUAGAUGGGCCAGCAGGCUCUUCUCGUGUUAUAAUGGUCUUUUGAGCCCUGAACUAUGAGCCAGUUCAUAAGAAGAGCCUGGCUACUGCUGGGUUAGUGCACACCUCCAUCUAGUCCAGCACCCUGUUUUCCACAGUGGCCAGUCAGAUCCCUCCAGGAAGCCUGCAAGCAGGACUUCUUUUGCUCAGCAUGGCCAGCAAUGGCCAUUCAGAGGCAUACUGCCCAGUGUUGGUAGAACAUAGCCAUUGUGGCUCGUGCCCAUUGAUAUCGCUGUCCUCCAAGAAUUUGGGGAAUACUGUACUCUUAAAGCUACCCAAGGCAUAGGAGGGCAGCAUUCUCAUCUAAGCAACCACAACCCAAGGGCCAAGGCAUGCCUGCGGUUGUCACUCACAAGAUAAUAGGGAAUUCAAACCUCAUCUCAGCCAAAAACUAUAGGGAGAUACCUGACCUAGAUCAAGCCUGGCUGACUCUUUGCAUCUCCCCCUUGGUUAGAUAGAACUAGGAUCUUUCCUUUCAAGAACUUAUUUCCUGCAAUAAAUGUAGCUUUCUUAUUUUCCCCAAUUCAGAGUCCUGGUAUGAUUAUGUGCAAGGGAAAGAGUGUUACCGUACUUCAGCUGGGCUCAUGUAUUCUGUUCGACUUCCUGGUGCUUUAACUUCCCAAUGCCAACAGAUGCUAAACCUGAAAAGGGGAAUAACUUGUAGAAAACAAAAACAAAAAGGCAGACAAAAAUGGCUUCAUUUUAUUGCAUAUGCUGUAACCAAAAAAAAAAAGCACAAAUUUAGACCUCCCGUGGCCCGUGGGCAAUUAUUGACAGAUACAUUUAUUUGGUGCUUGAUAUACGGUGGAAUUAACUUUUUUCUUUCUUGCUGGACAUAUUUUUGAAACUGUUCCAGAGGGAGGGGGGAAUAUUAUUUGUUUCCUUUGUUCCUUGCCUUGUAUUAUCUGUGAAAGAUAAAGGAACAGUUAAUUAAAAAGAAAACUGCAGAGGGGGUGGAAUUUGAGAGGAGGAGGGUAACCAGAGGCUAUUGUCAACAAAAGCAUUUGCAAGGGUGAAAACCUCCCAUGGCCUUUGACCAGGCCUUUGCAAAUUCCUGAUUGGGAAAUCCCAAAUGUUGUUCGAAGUGUAUUAUGUGGUGACUAACAGACCUUACCUGAGCAGUCGGCUGAAGUCUUUGGAGGUUCUGAUAGCAAUGUCCAUCCCUGCAGAGUGUGAAGCAGUAACGAAGAGGAGAGUGCCUCUGAGCAUGUGCAAGAGUGCAGCUGUGCUUUGACAGGGGCCAGACUCCUGCCACUGUUCCAGCCUCCAGCUUAGGGGGGGUAACUGGUUCCCGAUGGCUUCUCAGGUGACCCCCAAGGACUCGUUCCAUUGUGUAGGGAUCAUCUUCUUCCUCCUUGGCCUGGGAACUCUCCUGCCCUGGAACUUCUUCAUCACGGCCAUACCGUAUUUUCAGUCUCGGCUCAUUGUGGGGAACUGCUCAGCUGGUGAGGAGGAAGAUGGGAACCAGACAGGCCUGGGACUUGAACCCUCAUGCCACUGCAGCGACGACUUUAAUUUCAGCAACUGGCUGGCUCUUCUUUCCCAGCUGCCUCUGCUCCUCUUCACCCUUCUCAACUCCCUCCUCUACCAAUGCAUUCCGGACAAAGUGCGAAUCCUGAGCAGCCUGAUCGGGAUCCUGCUCCUCUUUGUGCUGACGGCCGUCUUGGUCAGGGUGGAGAUGCCGCCCCAGAGUUUCUUCUCCAUCACCAUGGCAAGCGUCUGGUUCAUUAACUCCUUCUGCGCCGUCUUGCAAGGCAGCCUCUUUGGGCAGCUGGGAUCCUUCCCGCAAAGCUACAGCACUGUCUUCCUGAGCGGCCAAGGAAUGGCUGGGACCUUCGCAGCCACCGCUAUGUUACUCUCCAUGGCCAGUGGCGUGGAUGCUCAGACCUCUGCUUUGAGCUACUUUGUCACCCCCUGUGUUGGCACCCUGGUCUCCAUCAUCUGCUAUAUCUUGCUGCCCCACAAGGAUUUUGCUUGCCACCACCUGCACAAGAGAGCCCAGGAAGAGCCAGGCCAUGAGCUGGAGACCAAGGCGGGGCUUCUUUCCCCUGAGGAUGGUCUUGGCCCCGUGCCGGGUGCCUCCCAAGGAGGAGAGCCGCUGAGCUUGAGCAAUGGGAUUGCCAUCUCCCUGGAGCAAGAAGACUCAGAAUGCCUCCCGGAGAUUAGGAACGGGAGCAGUGGGGCAGGCCUGCCUCCGCUGAAACCGUCAGUCCUAGGCGUGCUCAGGAAGAUUUGGCAGAUGGCCCUCUGCAUCGUCAUGGUCUUCUCUGUCACUCUGUCUGUGUUUCCCGCCAUCACUGCCAGCGUCGCCAGCACGUCAGAGAGCGAAACCUGGAGCAAGUUCUUCACUCCUGUCUGCUGUUUCCUUCUGUUCAACGUCAUGGACUGGCUGGGCCGCAGCGCUACCUCCUAUUUCCUCUGGCCAGAGAAGCACCUGCGCCUGCUUCCUGCGGUGGUGGGCCUCCGCCUGCUGCUCGUCCCACUCCUGCUUCUGUGCAAUGUCCCCCAGCGGGAAUACCUGCCCAUGCUGUUCCGCCAGGAUGCCUGGUUUGUCCUUUUCAUGGUCGUCUUCUCGCUCUCCAAUGGCUACUUCGUCUCCCUCACCAUGUGCCUGGCACCAAAGCAGGUGCAACCACAUGAGAGUGAAUUGGCGGGAGCCAUCAUGACGUUUUUCCUGGCGUUGGGUCUCUCUUGUGGAGCUGGGCUGUCCUUCAUCCUCAAGGCCUUGCUCUGAUGUCCAGGACUUGCUGGACCUCGGCAACAGCAAAGCAUCUGCCUUGAAGACUCGAGGAGAGAGAGUCUGGUUGCCCUUCUCUCCUUCCCAGGUGUGCCCUCUGUGUGGCAGCUAAUAUCCUUCUGGGUAGCAAAGUGGGCAUCUGCCACCAUCUUCCAACAAAGGGAACUGCUCUUUUUGGUCUUUCUUUCUUGCAUAUGCAUAAGUUCACGUUCGCUCAGCUACCCUUUUAAAUCCCCAGGAGCCUGAAUGUAUUUUUUUUUAAUUUAAGACUCUUGGACUUUUCUGAAAGAUUCCUGGAUUUUUACCAAGCCAAGGGAAGGCUGCGGUACGGAGGGGCCAUUUGCAAGCCCCCUUCCUACGUCCCUUUGCAGGUGGAGGAGCCACUCUGCCUCUCCCACUUGUGCCUGGCUGAGGACGCACAACAAAGGGUUUUUUUGCAGUAUUCUCACACGUACUCUUGCUCUCCCUUUGCUUUCAACUUGAGGAAGUAUUGUUGCAUCACGCACAUUAGCUCUACGGAACAUCCUCCUGGAGGGUGACGGUAGGUAAGGAAGGGAGAAGUCUGUAUCCAGUCCAUUAAUGGGGUUGGGUUUGUUGCUUCCACAUCAGAUUAGCCAUAUAGGGCAAGCUUUCUGCUCUCCCCGCCCCCCCCCCAAUCCACUGCCCGGUUUAUGGUUUUGUUUUCUCAGCUUGCAUUGCUUCAAACUUGUCUGCUAAAACUUGUUCUCGUCAGAUAAAAGAGGUCCACAAGA